AUGGCAUUAAUCAAAGUACGUCCCGACACUUUGUUUCAUUCUUCUGUUGAUCUUCCUUCGCUCAAAAUCCUCUAUAUGUAUGAUGUUUGUUUUCAUCAUAUAGACGAUUUCAUGAAACUUCUUUCAGGGUGUCCCGUAUUGGAGAGAUUGAUUACCCUAUAUGUUGAAGCAAGUAACCAUGAUACAACUAGAGGGUAUAUUAAACCUUUGUCCAAGUUGAUUCUUUGCGGUAUCCGUUUGUUCCAGGUUCCGUUUAAAGCUGUUUAUAAUGUCGAGAUUCUAACUAUAUCAAGGUUUGGGCGUAAUCUUGUUAAUAAAGAAACCGAUUCAUAUUACAAAGACUUUCCUGUGUUUGAAAACUUAACCAAACUUUGUCUAUCUUGGAGUCCUCAUACCCAACUGCAUGAAUGGGAUGAGGUUGUCAAAAUGCUCCAUAAUUGUCCAAAACUUCAAUUUCUUACCAUUUUUAAGGCACAUAGUUCACCAACCAAAGAGGAUUGGAAAUACCCAUAUCAUGUUCCUCAAUGUAUUUCCUCUCAUCUAACAACUUGUAUUAUCACAGACUAUGAAGCUAUCGAAGCUGAUUUUCGAUUUGCAGCAUAUAUUUUGGAGAAUGCCAGAUAUUUAGAGAAGAUGGCCAUUUGCCGUAAUCUUCUCCCAAAACCAAUGGAGAGCCCCCGUUUUUUAAGCGAUUUAUUCUCUUGUUCAAGGAUUUCUCCUACAUGUAAGUUGUUAUUUUCUGAGGUAUAUGUGCUUUAA